GCGCGUAGCCACGCUGGGCAGACAUGAUCGCCGCGGCCCCCGUCCCCGCUUCGCCAGGAGGUGCAGGGGACUCAGCGUGGCCCUGGAAGGACGCCCGGCUCGGGACGCUGGUGCUGCGCAUACAGCAGCUGCAGGCGGAGCGCGCGCAGGCCUUCCGCCAGCUGGAGGGCGCACACCGCGAGUACCUGCGCAGCGGCCCGCACUACGACUUCCCGCGCUACCGGAGUGCCGUACACGAGGUGACCCAGGCCUUUGCCGCCGCCUCCCGGGAAGUGUUGGCGGUGGAAGCGGAGCUGUCCGGGCCCCGCGCACAGCCGCUGCUCGCCGGCCACGUGCGCAAACUGCAGCAGUUGGAGCAGACGCGCUUGGCCGCGGUGGCCCAACUGCAGCUGCUGGGGACGCCAGAGCUGACCGGAGGGCAGGAGGACACUGAGCAGGCCCAUCAGCUAAAAAUGACUUCCCAUCCGCUCUUGUAGGGUAAUUAAAACCAUGGAAGCGAUCAGCGAGGUUCUGCAGGACCUCAGGUUUGAUUCGGAAUCUGCCGAGUGAUGGCGGGUCCCCAGAGACGAGCUGAGGGAAAGGGGAAAUGAGGCCCGUGGCGGCCUGCCCAGCCCUGACCGCCAGCUAGCCGAGGUCGUGCCCCAGGACUCUGCUUCAAACCGUGCCCUAAUAAAGCUCUUCCUCUAUACA